AGUCACUCGGAGCUGUUGGAUAAACUGGAACCGAAUGAGAAGAUCGUGCGUGGUGAAUCCUGCUCGACCACUGCCUGCCUUGUCCAGAAAGUACACGAUGUGACCGGAUCGACUUGGGGGAAUGAGUACAACUGCACAGUGGAUAAAGCUGAUGCCAACUGGCUUUUUAGUUGCGUCAAGCGCCGCAGUGUACAACAUCAAGGCCACGACUUGCCACCGAUAAUUCACUCCCGUCGGCGCGUCGCAAUACACAAUUCGCUAAUGAAAUGUGGUCUUAUCCAAGGAAGUCACUUGGAGCUGUUGGAUAAAUUGGAACCGAAUGAGGAGAAGAUCGUGCGUGGUGAAUCCUGUUCGACCACUGCCUGCCUUGUCCAGAAAGUAUACGAUGUGACCGGAUCGACUUGGGGAAUGAGUACAACUGCACAGUGGAUAAAGCUGAUGCCAAUUGGCUUUUCAUUUGCAUCAAGCGCUGCAGUGUACAGCAUCAAGGCCACGACUUGUCACUGA